CGUAAUGUCGAUGAUGUGAUAACUGGCGUAGUCGAGUUGUCGCUGUACGUGGAGGGUAGAGUGGGGAAAUGCUGGUUGACAGAUCGUGAAUGACAUGUGCAAUGAACAUCCAUACCCUUCAUGACCUCACACAGACAGCCAAAGAAUCAUUUAGGCCACGCCGUCGGUGUUUGCGAUGUUCUUAGAAGACAUGAUCAUCACUUUCUACAGGGUGCUCGUAUCUGGAUCCCAGACCCAGACCAUAUAUGGCGCGCAGCAGAGCUCCUUGAAGACUACAAGGGCCAGAACAAGAUCAAGAUCCAAUAUGAGGAAGGAGAGUUUUUUGGUGCUCCUCCUGUACGUACAGUGUUUGGAAGAACACAAAUGAUAGACUCUGGGGAAUCCGCAAUUUCUAUAUCAGACACCAAAUUGCCUCACCUUCGAAAUCCAGAAAUUUUGAUAGGUGAAAAUGAUCUUACUUCACUGAGUUACCUGAAUGAGCCAGAAGUGCUGUACAAUUUAAAAGUGCGUUUCUUGGAGCAAAACUUGAUCUAUACAUAUUGUGGCAUUGUCUUGGUGGCCAUCAAUCCAUAUGAGUACCUUGAGAUAUAUGGAAAUGACAUCAUCCAUGCAUACAGUGGCCAAGACAUGGGGGCCAUGGACCCCCACAUCUACGCUGUUGCUGAGGAAGCCUUCAAGCAGAUGUCAAGGUUUGAACAGAACCAGUCUAUCAUUGUCAGUGGGGAAUCAGGAGCUGGUAAAACAGUGUCAGCCAAGUAUGCCAUGCGAUACUUUGCCAUGGUGGGUGGGUCACAGGCUGAUGAACAAACCCAGGUUGAAGCAAAAGUGCUGGCUUCAAACCCAAUCAUGGAGGCUAUUGGAAAUGCUAAAACAACACGUAAUGAUAACAGUAGUAGAUUUGGAAAAUACAUUGAGAUCAGCUUCAAUAAGCAACAUGCCAUCAUUGGGGCAAACAUGCGCACAUACCUUUUGGAGAAAUCAAGAGUGGUGUUCCAAGCAUCAGAGGAAAGAAAUUACCAUAUAUUUUAUCAGUUGUGUGAUUCUGCUGAUGAUCCAGAAUAUGAGAAGUUUGAAUUAGGCUCUGCAGAUGACUUUUUCUAUACUAGCCAAGGUGGAGCACCUGUCAUUAAAGGAGUUGACGAUGCUGCUGAACUUAAACGUACAAGGGAGGCCUUUACGAUGCUGGGUUUCAGCGGCAAGAACCAGAUGCUGAUACUUCAAAUCAUAUCAGCCAUACUGCACUUUGGCAAUGUUCACAUCAGCGAGAAAGAGGGAGAAGCCUGUGAAAUACCUGCAAAUGAUAAAGCACUGACAACAACAUGCAAGUUACUGGGUAUUCAGGAGUCACAGAUGCGCAUGUGGCUUUGCCAUCGUAAAAUUGAGACGGUUGGCGAAACACUUACAAAACCACUUUCAGAAAGCCAGGCAGCCUUUGGGCGUGAUGCUUUGGUGAAACACAUCUAUUCGCGGGUCUUUGACUGGAUUGUCACUCAUAUCAACAAGAAUCUUCGGAGCACAGUCAAAGUCCACAAGUUUAUUGGUGUACUGGAUAUAUAUGGGUUUGAAACUUUUCAGGUUAACAGCUUUGAACAGUUCUGUAUCAACUAUGCCAAUGAGAAACUUCAGCAGAUCUUUAACAUGCAUGUGUUUAAACUGGAGCAAGAAGAGUAUGUAAGGGAGGCAAUAGAGUGGUCCUUCAUUGACUUUUAUGAUAACCAGCCCUGCAUCGACCUUAUUGAGAGCAAGCUUGGUAUACUGGACUUGCUAGAUGAAGAAUGCAAGAUGCCUAAAGGGUCUGAUGCCAACUGGUGCCAGAAGCUGUAUGACAAACAUUUAAAGAAGUCCAAACAUUUUGACAAACCUCGAACUUCCAAUAUGGCUUUCAUCAUCAACCACUUUGCUGACAGAGUGGAGUAUCAGGCUGAAGGGUUUUUGGAGAAGAAUCGUGACACAGUGCUUGAAGAGCAGGUCAACAUUCUGAAGGCCAGUGAGUUUGAACUGGUUGCUGAACUGUUUACUGAAGAAGAUAAUAUGGGCGGGUCCCAGGGUUCAAGUGCAGCUCAUGGCCGAAAACGGACAUCCUCCACUUCCACACAGCCAAUCAAAGCUCAGCCCAAAGGUGCCAGUAAACAACACAAGAAAACUGUUGGUUCACAGUUCCGGGAAUCAUUACAUCUGCUGAUGGAGACAUUGAAUGCAACAACCCCACAUUACAUUCGAUGCAUUAAGCCCAAUGACAGCAAGGAGUCUUUCUCAUUUGAUCCCAAGCGAGCUGUUGAGCAACUGAGAGCCUGUGGUGUUCUGGAAACUAUACGCAUCAGUGCUGCAGGUUAUCCCUCAAGGUGGACAUACGCCGAGUUUUUCCAAAGAUAUCGUGUGCUAGCCACAUUCAAGCUUAUUGUCAAAAACAAUAUGCGAAAAACCUGUGAAGCCAUACUACCAACACUCAUUGCAGAUGAGGAAAAAUAUAGAUUUGGCAAAACAAAAAUCUUCUUCCGUGCGGGUCAAGUUGCAUAUCUAGAGAAACUCAGAGGAGACAAGCUGAAGGCAUGUGGCGUCAUGAUCCAAAAACAUAUCCGUGGAUGGCUGCAAAGAAGGAAAUAUCGACGAAUACAUCGGUCUGCACUGCUACUUCAGACAUAUGGCAGAGGUCUCUUGGCGAGACGGAAGGCUCUGUACUUGCGAAGAACAAAAGCAGCUAUCAACAUUCAGACCAUGUGGCGAUGCUACAGGGAACGCAAGGCUUACAGAGAGACAUUUAAGGCUAUUGUGGUCCUUCAGGCUCACAUUCGGGCUCAGUUUGCGCGAAGGCAGUACCGGGGCCUUCUUGAAGAGCACAAGGCAGUCCUCAUACAGGCACACAUUCGUGCCUUCCUCAUGCGUCGCAAGUUCCGCCUUGUCCUGCGUGGUAUUAUAUUGGUUCAGAGUCACUACCGUCGUCGCAAAGCUCGCUUGCAGCUGAAACUGCUGAAGAUUGAAGCCAAAUCUGUGGAGCAUAUCAAGGUGGUCAACAAAGGCUUGGAGAACAAGAUUAUUGAGCUACAACAAAAGCUUGACGAGAGGGCUAAGGAAUUAAACGUACUGAAGGAUCAGGAGACAACAAUGAAGCAGCUGAAGGUGGAGAUGGAGCGUCUCAAGUCAUCUGAUGAAGUUGCUAAAGUAUCAUCAAAUAAAGUCCUUGACCUUGAGGAUGAGCUUGCUCGCCUCAGGGCAGAGCUAGAGGUUGUGACCAGAGAGAGAGACAGGGCUGUACGAGAAAAAAUAGAGAUGAUGAAGGAGAAUGAAGAGGUGCUGACCAGUAUUUUGGAAGAAAAGAUGUCCCUGAAGGAACAAUUAGAAGAAGCCAAUCGUCGCAUCAAACUGCAGGAAUCAAAUUCUGAAGAUUUUGUGAAGGAUCAGGUCGAGGCUGCUAAACGGGGAUUGAUUCAGGAGUUUGAAGCUGAACGGUCUCACCAUCAACGCCUAGUCAAGGAACAUGCCCGCCUGCAACAGCGUCUAGAGAACCUGCAAGGAGAAAUGCAGGUACUCACUAGUCCUACAGGCCACCACCACCGCACACCUUCUGAUAUCAGCGCUAUCAGCACUGAAUCCUUUGCAAGUUCUGCCGAUACAGAAAAAAGGGAGGAUGAUGAGGAUCAGGGUUAUGAUACUGCUAAGAGGAAAGGUGAGGCAGUCAGGAAAGUUCCCUCAUUCUCUGAAAAAAGCCCUGCCGAGCGACUAGCACCAAAGAAGACAGAAGAUGUAGAUGUGGGAUUAUUACUGAAGCUGCAAAACAAGGUUAAAGACCUGGAGAAAGACCGUGCAAGACUUCUAGAGCGCCUGGAAAAAUAUGAGGAUGAGGGGGGUCCUGGGGAGAGUGGCUUUAUCAGAGAUUCUGCUUUCGAUGCACUUAAGAUGCAGGAACUGGAAAAUGAGAAAGACAAACUGAAAAGAGAAGUGGAGCGGUUGAUGAAAUCCAUCGCAGCAACCACUAAUUUUGGGGACAAUGGAGGUCAGGUUUCACCAGCAGCGAAAGAAUUUCUGGAUCAGGGGUCCCUAAGCAGGCAGCUGGCCUUCUACAAGGACCAGUUUGAGGCCAUGACAGACGAGCUGGAGCGGCGGCGGGAAGAAUGUCUGCAGCUGCGAGCCAUGAUGGCGGACCGCAUGAUCACCAUGCACAGCAUUGCCAAAGAGUCCUAUGGGGGACAGGAUGAUAUUGUAAAUGAAGACAAUGAACUGGAGAUGGCCUACAAGACACAGAAAGACCUCAACAGACUCUUACAGAACCAGCUAGAGAACGUGGAGAAGGAACUGAAAAGAAAAGACAAGGCAUACCAGCAGGAACUGGUAGAACUUCGUAAAGAAAAUGAACGCCAACAAAAGCUUAUCGGACAGCAAAGAAGACAGUUAAAGAGAAAUAGCCUCACCUUAGGCCCUGAAGCCAAGAUAGAAGCAACAAUGCAGCAUGAGAUUACCCGUAUGACAGCAGAAAAUCUGGAUCUUCGAGAGACAAUAGAUAAGCAGUCAGAGCAGAUUCGCAAAUUGAAGAAGAUGUUAAAAAUAUAUGCCAAGAAGCUCAAAGAUGGAGAAGGACUACCAGCGCGAUGGAGCUGGAUGACAACCUCUGUCUCAGUCACUUCUGAGAUUGCGGCAGAAAUUGCAGCGGAGUUGGAGCAAGAUGAGAAGGACAAAGGGGGAGCAACCAUGGGUGCCACGGUCAAGCUGCGUGAACGGACCUACAUGGGCAUGUUUGAAUACAGGAGGGAAGACGAAGGAGCAUUAAUCAAAAAUCUCAUCCUGGAACUGAAGCCGAAAGUGGCAGCUGGCUUAAUCCCUGGUCUUCCAUCUUAUGUGCUUUUCAUGUGCGUUCGCCACACAGACUAUAUCAACGAUGAUGACAAAGUCAAAGCCCUCCUGACUGGUACUAUCAAUGGAAUAAAAAAAGUUGUCAAGAAGCACACUGAUGACCUGGAGAGGGUAACCUUGUGGCUGGCAAAUACGUGUCGACUGAUGCACACUCUUAAACAGUACAGUGGUGACAAGCAAUUUCAAGUCGACAACCAGCCCAGGCAGAAUGAGAUGUGUCUCCGUAACUUUGACCUAUCAGAGUACCGUCAAGUGUUCUCAGACCUAGCCAUCUGGAUUUAUCAGACCCUUAUUAAGUUCAUGCAGGAGCUACUUCAGCCCAGCAUUGUGCCGGCCAUCCUUGAACAUGAAGCCAUCGCAGGUCUGACAGCCAGCAAACCUUCAGGACUACGUGGUCGGUCUUCCAGCAAUGCGAGGGACCUUGAUGAUGGCAAAGAGGAUGCACACUCGCUGGAUGCUUUGAUGCGCACGCUGAACAGUUACAUGCGCAUCUUAACUCAGCAUGCAGUAGACCCAGAGUUGGUGAAGCAGAUCUUCCGACAGCUGUACUACUUUAUGUGUGCUGGAGCCCUUAAUAAUCUGCUGCUGCGCAAAGAUAUGUGCAAUUGGUCUAAGGGCAUGCAAAUUAGGUACAACCUUAGUCACAUGGAGCAGUGGCUCCGUGACAACAAACUGCAGGAGUCUGGUGCUCAGCUUGCCCUAGAUCCCAUUGUCCAGGCAUCACAGUUACUGCAGGCUCGCAAAACAGACUCUGAUGUGGAAAGCAUAUGUGAGAUGUGCUCUAAGCUGACCAUAGCACAGAUCAUAAAAAUUCUCAAUCUGUAUACACCGGUGGAUGAAUUUGAGGAACGUGUGCCUAUCUCUUUCAUUCGAAAAAUUCAAUCAAGACUCAAGAGCCGCCCAGAUGCAGCAGCAGCGGGCAGCAACACUCUACUGAUGGACACUAAAUUCACCUACCCAGUCACUUUUCCUUUUAAUCCAUCGUCAAUCCUCCUAGAUUCUGUCGAGGUUCCAGAACAGCUGCAUCUAGGCUUCCUCAAGAAAUUGUAGACCACUCUGGCAAGCUAGUGUACCUUGUAGCUUAGCUUUUUUUUAUUGCUUUUUUUUUAAGGAAAGAUUUUGCAAUCUAUAUUGAUCAUUUCUACAAGUUUGCACUGGCUUGACCAACUUUGUCAAAGGUGCGUGCAGGCUUGCUUGAGGUCUCAGUGUGUGCAUGUAUGUGUGUGCAGUGUUGGAGUGUGUGUAGAUACUCUGAACUUUUCAAAAAGUGCAUGCAGAUUGUUAGAAAUUUGAGGUUGUGUGAACAAUUUAUAUUUCAAGAGGGAUAGGCAUUUCAUAGAUUUUUCAGAAAUAUGCACAUUUGAUAGAUUUGCUGUCCUUGUGUAUUCUGUAAAUUUAUCAAAAGGUGUUUGUGCAGAUUUCAGUCUAUAUCCACCAGGUCAACAUAGGUGGUUGUAAUGGCUGUCAUGGGUGUACCAAGAUUGUUCACAUUUGUUAAAUUCAUAUGCAGAUAGCAUUGUUAAAGGGUUUUGUGUAGAAUGUGCAUUUUUUUAGAUGUGUUGCAGGCAUUGUAUACAGUUGAUCACACCUCUGCUUUGGGCCCUGACUGGUACCAGAUAAGGAAUUUCAACAAACCUGGAUGCUGUCAUCUAACUUUAAGGCAAGGGUCCUUAGUGCACAAAAAUAUUCAUAAAAACCCAUUCGUGAAAAAUAGUUUAGGAAGGUGCAUUCUUGGGCAUUUUUAUAAUAAUCAUGUUAUACUUCAUCUGUCUCUUCAGAAUUUGUGAUGACUUACACAGUAGUUUUGGAAACUAUUUUGAAACUUAAGAAUUGUAUGAUUGCACAAGUUAACUUGAGUUGUUUUCAUCAGAGUGCAGAAAUGUUUGGCUUGUAUGCCUUUUUCCCCAUUCCAUCAUUGCAUUCUUUUUUUCAAGACAGUGUUUAUAUACUGAUGUUUCUAUGUUGCAUUCUGUGAUAUGAUACAGAUUUGUUUCUGCUUUUCCAUCUCAUCAGUUGAAAGAUAAUUUUUAAAAGUAUGUUAAUCUGGUCACUUUUUGAGAUCACUCUCACCUUGUCCAUUCAUUGGAGAAGCAUGAUACGCUUGUUUUAAAAGAGGCUGAAUAUCACAAGAUCAGAUUCGUUAAAUAUGAAACAUGCAUUGUUAUUGUACUAUCAAUUUAACCACAGUUGAACUUCGUAGUAUGCAAUUAAAGAUGUACUAUAUUGUAAAAUGUACAUAGUACUUAAAAGAGCGACUUACAUGUGUAUGGACUGUUUUAUAUAUAUAUAAGUUGGUUUCAGUAAAACUUGUUUAAAUGAUACGCGAAAUGCUCUACAUUGUAUAUGCUGUUUCAUUGUCAUGGCACCUAUGGUUCAUUUUUGAGUUUCGCUUAAUGGUAUAUGUGUACCCCACAUACAUCGACAAAUAUGUCAUAACUUGUAGUAUUUUUUAAUAUAAAUUAACAGGAUAGAAAUGUUAAAAAAAAAAAAAAUCAAAGGUCAACACUUCAUCUCUUUCAAAGCAGAUGACAUUUCUCAUUCAUUCUCCAUCUUGUAAUUUGCUUUUUCUGCUUGUGUCACUUUAUUUAUGGCUUCAAAAAUUGCCAUUCCAAGUGUUGUCGCAGACAAAAGCUUCGAUUUUGCCAUUUGCUGUUGCACUCACACUUUACCUGACAUGAGAACAUUCUAAUAUUUAUGGAAUUUACUAACCACAAUGGAUAAUUUGGCAGAUAAUGCUAUAAGAAAUUUUAUGCAUGGCCACUUAACAAGUUUUCUUAUCACAGAAGUAGGAUAUAAAAAUAUGUGAAAUAUUUUAGCAAAAGUUCAUUUUUAUUUUUAUAGUGUUAAGAGCAAAACAGUAGUUUAAGCUUUGACUAAAGUGGUUUGUAAGAAUCUUAAUUCUUUGUUAUUCAAUGUUUUAAGCCUUUGAAAUCCCACCAACCAAUAUGCAAAAAUCAAAUUUUAUUUCCUUGCUAAGAUCAUAAAUGUACCAGUGUAGGUUCAUAUAUAUAUCAUUGUAUAUUAAAAUAUUUGAAUUUACAGUUCGUGAAAUGAAAGGGUUUUUUUUAAUCAUUCUUUUUUCCCCUAAGGGUAAUGAGCUCACCAUUAGGGAAAGUAAAAAAAAAAAUAUUCUUUUAAUAGACCACAGAGAAACCACAAUGAAUGAUUGAAUCUUUCCUACUUAAGUAUGCAACACUGAAAGUGCAGUAUGGCGAUGAGUGGAAGAGUGACAGCAGGAUCAUGUUUGUUUAGGCCAUUCUGAACUUGCAACUACAAACAUUGACACAAAUUCAUGAAAAUGUCCAUCAUAAGUAUUAUUUUGAUAGUGUUUUCAUGAAACAUCUUUGAAUUUAUGAAACCUACAGGCUUUUUUUUUAUAGAAAGAAAAAGGUCAAACCAUUACCAGCACAAAUUAAAUGUUUUCAUUUUGAAUUGAUGUACUUUUGUGACCACAUCCAUGUGAGAGAAUUUAUUAAUUUGAGUGGUGCAGUGUUAAAGAUAAUUCAGAUUAUUGUGCAGCAAGUUGUCAUGAAAAUCCUAAAAUCUCUUUUAAACCAGUUUUAUGCUUUCAGUGUACACAGUCAGUAUCAUCUAAGGUUCAUCCUUGUAUGCAAAGGAGUAAGGAAAAAUGAAGAGUAGAUAGGUUUAGUGCUUCAUAAAUGAUGUACUAUUUUGACUGAAGAUUUCCAAGAAAUUAUUGUAUUAAAAACAUUUCACAUACCAGUUCAAAUUGGAUAUGAGCCAUUAUUAGAUGACAAUUUGUAGUUUGUUAAUGUCUCUUGUAUGCAUCUUUUUAGUGUGGCCUUAAUCAGUAGAUACUAAUAGCAAGAAGGCUACGAUAGUUUCUAGGGUAAAGAAUUCAGAUACACUCCCAGACAGCUUGAGUGAUUUGAGAUGAGAAUAUUGGAAGUAUGUAGAGCUUUACAAAUCAUCACAUUGUUUGUAAUCUUACGUAGACUUGGAUUUGGGCAAUGCAUUUUUUCCAAUGACAUUAUUUUGGGGGGGUUUUCGGAUAAAGUUCCUGAGCAUUAAUUUGUUGUCUUUUCUCCACCCCACUGUGUAAUAGUACAUACGAUUUCUCACCUAAGGCUGCUGACAUUUUGUAAGUUAAUGUCUGCCACCUCUUCAUGGUGAAUAGAGGUACUAAAUAUGUAUAUUGCCUUUCAUGGUUGUGAUGCUUCAACAAGCAAAUUCAUAAAAACCAAACAAAAUAUUUUACGUGAAGUUUUCGUUUCCUUUUCCAUUCAGAGUCUAUUGUUAUUUACAUUUCAGAUGGUAUCAAGUAUAUCCCAUAGUUUUUAUAGAAUUUUUUAUGUUUUUCCAUCACCAGCAGCAUAAUUAGUUUUGAAGGCUUAAGUGCCAAUGGUUAAUAUAAUUUUUUUGUCCUUUCAUUUUUCCACAUUUUUUAAACAAAAAUAUGAGCCAUUGCAUUUUAUCCUGAGAAUGACAGGAUGAUGAUGAUGUGGUACUGAUCAUUGGGUAUAUGUUGGUCAUUUGGCAGGUUAUGGGAAAUGCACAUUGAGGCAGAAAUUCAAAGGCCAGGAAUAAUUGUUGAGCUGAAAGCAGACAUGUUUUAUUUGCACCAUAUGAUGACUGUUUUGACAAUUUGGUAGUAGAAGCAUGCAGAACACAAUUUAUAUUUCCAGGUGUUCUUGGACAAAAUCAUACUGGAAGAGCAUAUUCAGCCAUUUAUCCGCAGAAAUUGUGCAGAGAUGUGUGAGUAAAUUAAUUGGUAAUCAUACAGAGAAAGUCAUCUCAGGAAAGCUGUUUUGAUGUACAUUUCUCUUUUUCUCUUUACAUGAACUCUGUUCAGAGAGAAAUAUCUGUUGCUCUCCAUGUCUGUUGUUUUGUCCAUAGUGAGAAAUUUCUAUGCAUGUGUAGAUUAUAUCGGAGACCAACUGCCAGUUCUCUCUCAGAUUUUAUCAGAGUGAUAAGUAGACAAUGACAUAGUAAAUUUUAUUGUAUAGCAAUGUUUAUUCUGUCAUGUCCUUCAGAACUUUCAAAUUAUAGACGACUAUUUACAAGUAUGUGUGAUCGUGUGAUGGACACUUAAAAGUACAGCGAACUUGAUAUUAAGGUCCAGGGUUUCUGCAUCUACACAUGAUGGUUUCCAUGAUUUUUUGACUGAAAAUGACAGAGUAGUGCAUUAGUUUGUCCUUCUUGUUGAACAUUUGUGAACUGGCUUUCACAGUGACAGUACAAAGCAAGUACAUCUUUAAUAUUUAUUGUGUGCUGACUUAAUUGCAGACUAAAGAGGCAAUAAAUCAUGUUGGAAUGGUU